AAAACCACAACUCCCUUCUUGUCAUAUCUCUUCGAACAACACAAUCUCAUCAAUAGAUACAUCUCAUAUCUUUGGAUACUUGAACUCAAGCAACUUGUGUGUGGUUUCAACACGCCUCUUCGCGAUCUCCUCAACAUAGUCACCUGAUCUGUGUACAUCUAAAGCAACCUGGAAAAUCAACAACCAAAGCGCGCUCGCAACCGAGUUGGCUACCUCUGCGACGAAUUGAUUGCGACCUGGAGAUCUACGCACAAAUAAUAAGUGUCAGUAGCUAUCAUCAUGUCUCACAGCAAAAGAAACACCUCAAGAUCUGUCUUCACUUCUCACGAGAGAUCAUUAGCCAAAUCUGCUUGGAACUCGACAAGUGCUCGUCUAUCUAGGGAAUCUUUCUUGCCGUUUGCAUCCUGUCGGCUAUGUUUGUUACCUGCUCGGACCCCAGUCUCCUGCUCUCAUGGAGACAUUUUCUGCCGCGAGUGUGCCUUGAGUAAUAUCUUAAGUCAAAAGAAAGAAAUCAAACGUCUCGAAAAGGCAAAGGAGAAAGAGGAAAAAGAGUCUUUGGAAACCAGAGAACUCGACGAAGCGGAGGCAAAGCAGCGGGCAGUCCAAGAUUUUGAACGAAUCCAAAUGGGAUUGGAGGCGAAAUCAGGGUCGAAGAGCUCUGGCCAGAAAAUUGUGGGAAGAGAGGGUGGCAAGAUUCUAGUAGAAAAGGAUGUCGUAGACUCGAAGAGAGGAGAAAAGAGGAAGUUUGAGCUUAAUGAGGAUGAAUUACUUCGUAUUGCUCGAGAGGAGAGAACAAAGGCGAGAAAAGCGAUUGACGAUGAAAAAGCAUCCAAGACUACCUUGCCCUCUUUUUGGGUACCGUCCAUUACACCAUCAUCAAACACCAAGACCGAAUUACAUUCCAUCUCCAAGAAAGUAAAGCAAUCACCCAUGUGUCCGGCGUCACCUCCAGAUCGACCACAUUUCUAUUCUUUGCAUGCGUUGAUCACAGUCGCGUUCACGGAAGAGAAGGGUUCGAAUACAGAGAAAAGUCAACGAAUAUGUCCAUCAUGCAAGAAAGCAUUGAGCAAUACUUCGAAAGCGAUGCUUGCCAAGCCGUGUGGUCAUGUGCUUUGCAAGAGCUGUGUCACCAAGUUUAUGACACCAACUGGCGUUCAUGAUCCCCAUGCGCCAGAUGUGGAUCAGAACAUCGUCUCUUGCUAUGUUUGUGAAGCUGAUUUGACCGAGCCGAAAGUUGUCAAGUCGGGUGGUGCGACUGGCGGGGAAAAGGACAAGAUCAAACCUGGCCUGGUCGAAAUCAAAUGUGAAGGAACGGGGUUCGCAGGAGGAGGAAUCAAUAAGGUUGAAAAGACUGGUGUUGCAUUUCAGUGCUAGGCCGACACUCACAAGAAGCCGAAGCCAUCCAAAAUCUAACUCCUAGAAAGACCAUUGAAAGAAGCUAGUCUAAAUGUGAUGUAUCAUGACUUCUACCAC